GUUGCACAAGAAUCAGUCAUUCACUAUUCCACAGCCUGGUUGCCUUCAAUCAUGACCUCCAAAACUCAAGCUGGUAUGCAAAUCAUUGUUCUGUUGGUAGUCUGGGUACUGGAAACAUCACUAGUGUUUCCAGACCCAGACACAGCAGCGACAGAGAAGGUGGCUGAAGAUCCCAUUCCCUGUUCUAAGGGAUGCACCUGUCUGUAUGAUGACUACACCUUGGAGCUCAACAUGUACUGCAGCGUUCGCAACUUCACACAAAUACCAACUGACAUGCCACCAUCCACUUAUUCUCUCUGGCUGGAUGGCAACUGGUUUACCUCGCUCCCAGCUGCAGCUUUUCGGGAUCUGACCAACCUGGACUUUUUAAAUCUUCAGAGUGGCCAGCUGAUGACAAUUGACGCACAGGCAUUCAAGGGCCUUGGGUCGCUAGCACACAUUCACCUUGAGCGAAAUCGCCUCCGAGUGUUACCAGGUACAGUCUUCCAGAAUACACCCAACCUUGCUUCACUUAGUCUGCAUAACAACCAACUCAUUCGCAUUGAGGAAAGACUGUUUGCAGGACUUUCACACAUGUGGCUUCUCAACCUAGGUUGGAACUCAUUAACGGUCUUACCUGAGACAGCUUUUAAUGACCUGCAAGGUCUACGAGAGCUGAUACUUGCAGGAAACAGACUUGCUUACUUGCAGCCACAGCUCUUUCAAAACCUUGGUGAGCUCAAAGAGUUAGAUCUGACAGGAAAUUACCUGAAGGUCAUCAAAGCUAAUGUGUUUCUUAAACUAACUAAACUGCAAAAGCUUUACCUGGCACAGAAUCAGAUUGCGACAGUGGUACCCAGAGCUUUUGCAGGCAUGAAGUCACUCAGAUGGCUGGAUCUGACAAACAAUAAACUCACUUCUCUACACGAUGACACUUUCUUUGGCCUCCACAAUCUCCACGUACUGCGUCUUUCCAACAACUCCAUCACUGGAAUUAGGCCCAGGACUUUCCGUGAUCUGCAGGACUUAGAAGAGCUAAGACUCAGUUACAACAGGAUUAGAGCUCUGGGGGAGAGGAUCUUUGAAGGUCUUGGCCAUUUGGAGGUCUUAGAGGUAGAGCACAAUCAAGUUCAGGAAGCACAAGUGGGGACUUUCACAGGCCUGUCUCAUGUGGCUGUCAUUAACCUGUCUGGAAGCUGCUUCCGCACUCUACCAGACCAAAUGUUCAAAGGUCUGACAAGGCUUCACAGCCUACAUCUGGACAGAGGUUGCUUAACAAGGAUCACAACUCAAGCCUUCACUGGACUAUCUGGGUUAAGGAGGCUCUUUUUGCAACACAACAAUAUCUCUGUGGUGGAACAGCGAAGCUUUAUGGAUAUGGUAGGCCUAUUGGGACUGGAUUUGAGUUUCAACAAGCUGGACGUUCUCAACACCCAAAUGUUCUCUGGACUCAAGAAUCUGGAGUACUUGCUGUUGUCUAACAAUGAGUGUCGACAGUUUCUGCACAAUGGCACAAUGCAGGUGCUUCCAAGGCUGCGCUACUUGGACUUGAGAGCUAAUGCCUUAAUGAGCAUGGUCCCUGAUUUCUCAGAGAGAAUGGAAAAACUAUUGCUGUCUGGCAACAGGUGGAAAUGUGACUGCAGCACCCUCCCACUCAGAAACUUCACCUUGAGAAAGCCGCGGGUGAUUCCUCGGCGAGUGGAGACCCACGCAGAGGGUGAAGAGCCUGACACAACUAUCACCAUAUACAACAACAUCACUUGCACCAACCCACCACAUCUGGCUGGUCAGGACCUACGGGAUGUGGGCAGUGAACACUUUCAAAGCUGCUAAGCAGAAACACAAAGACAGUUUUAUGGAGUUGGUUGGUUAAUGUACUGCUAUCUGCAUUAGCAUUUCAACAGUAUAAAUUAAUUCAGUUUGAUUUGAACAUCAAAACUGCAAUACUGAAAUGUGUUUCAUGUUCUUAUAUAGCCAUUAACAGAUAAACUGCUGCCAUCUAAUGUCUUUAAAGCAACUAUUGUUUCUAAACAUAUCUGGAUUAUCUUCAAUCAAAACAAACAAACAAACAAACAAACAAACAUCCAGCCAAUAUUCAUUUUGCUUUAUUAGUUAUGUUAAAUGUAAAUAUUUUGUUGCGGUUGAAUGUGAAGACAAAAUGUGAUGCAGUGAAUUCUAAUACUAACAAUUUAUGUUAGUAUUAGACAGCAUGAUGGAAUGUGAAGAGCUCAAUUUGUACCACUUUGAUUAAAGUGCUUGAUUUUGAGAUGAGUCUGCAUGAAAUAUUUAAUAAAACAUUUCAAAUGUG